GGGGUGGAGAAGGAGCACCUGCCCCUGCGCCUCACGCCGCAGCCGUUUUUACCGGCUGAUACAGGACGAGGCCUUCAUGAGGAAGAGGCUCCCCGCCCUGCUCCCUUGUCUGUCAAUGCUGAGGGAAGGCUGCUUGUCCCCCAUCAGCCCAGAGGCAUGGCCUCUUGUGCAGUCUUUCAUAUGCCACAACCGAACGUUCAUCCUGGAUGGCCAUGUGCAGCUGAAGACAAGUCUGCAAACCCAGGAGCGACACCUUUUUCUCUUCACAGACAUUCUGGUUGUUGCCAAGUCCAAGUCACACUCUCAUUUCAAACUAAAGUGCCAAGCACGUCUCUGUGAGAUGUGGACAGCAUUUUGUACAGAAGAAGUCUGUGAAGGCAGCACAGACCCAGAGAGAUCCUUUGUUUUGGGCUGGCCCACCACAAACUGUGUGGCAAAUUUCAGGUCUGCAGAACAAAAGGAAACAUGGCUCUCUUUUUUGCAAAGUCGAAUAAGAGAAGAGAAGGAAAAAGACAAUCCUAAAAGGAUUCCUGUGACGAUAAUUGCAAAAGACGUGGGAACUUGUGUAUAUUCAAAAACCCUAAGUGUAACCAAUGUUGAUACAGCAAACGAUGUAAUUCUGAUGGCCCUGCAGCAGCUGGGAAUUAAUGGCUCUGAAAAAGAUUACAAGCUGUGGGUGAUUUCAGGAAGAGAACAUGCUCCUUACCCUCUUAUUGGACAUGAAUAUCCCUUUGGAAUUAAAAUGAGCCACAUUCGCGACGCUAUGCCCCAUGGAUCAAAGCACUGUGCCUGCCCCAGGCAGCUUCAGGAGUCUUUCCUGACGGAGCAGCUGCCCCAGGAGCUGCAGUGCCAGUUUGUGCUGAAGCCAAGCCAAGUGGCCGUGUGCCAGCAGCUGAACGACUUAAGCCAAAAGUCAUUUAAAAGGAAAAGAUCUAUCAUAAAUUGGGCUUUUUGGCGUGGCCCAGGCACUCAUUUGGACAAUGCACCCCUCUCCACAACAUCUGCUGCUCCUGGGAAACUCUUUGGCCUCUUGCUAACAACCAUCUGUGAGGAUGACAACCUGCCCAAACCCCUGUUGGACAUGCUUUCUCUCCUUUACCAAGAGGGCCCUUCCACCAAGGGUAUUUUCAGACGCUCUGGAAGUGCAAAAACCUUCAAAGAGCUCAAGGAGAAGCUUGAUUCAGGCUCUGAAGUGGACCUAGCCUGUGAAUCCAUAUUUGUGACAGCAUCUUUGUUUAAGGAUUUUCUUCGCAACAUCCCAGGCAGCAUUUUGUCAUCCCAGCUGUGUGAUAAGUGGGUCUCUGUGCUGGAUCAAGGAAAUACUGAAGAGAAGAUAAAAAGCAUACAAAGGUUAUUAGAGCAGCUCCCCAGAGCUAAUGUUGUUCUCCUACGUUACAUCUUUGGAGUGCUGCAUGGUAUAGAAAUGAGAUCUGAAGAGAACCAGAUGAAUGCAUUUAAUCUGGCUAUCUGCAUUGCACCUAGCUUGCUCUGGCCUCCUGUUUCCUCCACUCCUGAUAUAGAAAGUGAAUUUAUAAAAAAGAUUUCCAGUCUGGUACAGUUCCUCAUUGAGAAUUGCUGCAGGAUUUUUGGAGAUGAAAUUACCUCCCUCUUUGGAGAAAUACUGAUGACAUGCAGUAGAGAGAACAGCUCAGAUGUUGCUUCUCUCCAUCAGAAUGAUUCUUCCUAUGACAGCCUGGAAAAUGAGGCGAAUGAUGAAGCUGACUCUUCUUCUAGUGACUGGAUUAAAACCCGCGAUCAAGAUAACCGGAGCAGGGAGUCUGUCUUCACUCUGAGUGAUGGUGAUUCGGAGCAGACAGAGGUGGAUGAAAUCCAAAGCGAGACCCGAUCAAAGCAGUUGGCAAUUUCUGUUGGCAUGCACCUGAAGUUUUCAUCACAAGAAAACUCACAGAAUGAAUCUCUGCGCUCCGGCGCACUGGGUUUCUCCUCAGCCGCUACCUCAGGUGCUCUCAAAACUUCCAGGAGACACAGACGCUCCUCCGAGCCUGCAGUUGCCCUCCUUGCCUCCAGUUUUGUCCACACUGAUGAUGGUCAUGAGAAGGCAACACGCAAAGCCAGCUGUGAUGUUGUCCUAUCUCAUGAAGAUGAAGACUAUCUCUGUCAGCUUCGGUCGUUGCAGAUGGAAAGGCAAAAGCUUAGCAAUCGGAGCUUGAUUAUGGGGAUUAAUGUUGGUAAAAGUGACAACACAAAUCAAAACGUUGAAAGGAAAGACCUGUCCCAUUGUCUCCUGCCUCCAACACCAGAGGGAUUAAAUAUUUGCUCAGGAUUUAGCUGUUCUAGCCAGUCUUCUUCUGGGACAUCUCCAUCUGUGUCAUCAAUUUGCUCUCUGGACAGUGCUUUCUCACAGUUUUCAGACCAGACUCUGUUUACCCUAAGUGAAGCCUCCUGCCCUUUCGACAGCACUUUUCAAUUGCUAAAGAAACACGAAGACGCUACUGCUGCUGCUGCUGUGGCUGGUGACUAUUUGGUUACACCCACCAAGGUGCCACCAUCUCCACAACCUACUGACGCUGUGGCUGAAAGGGGCUUGGUAGAGCCCAACAGCAGGCCAGCCCCCCUGAAACCUACUGAUGGAGUUGAUGGCUAUUUGAUUAAGCCUAAAAUUCAGGCAUUGCCUCUGAAAGUCACAGGAAGAGACAGUCUUCACGAUCAAAGAGGAAGUCUAGAAAAACAUUACAGCAAUCCAAAGUUUAAAGAGACUGACCAAAGCUUUUUUGCAGAGGAAUAUUGAUGCUUAAAAUAAACACCAUAAAGAAAAUGCCUUUGGUGUUAAUGUGUGUUCAUUUUAAGUUUAACAUCCAGGUUGUUCAAAUUUAAUUGAGCAGUCCCCAGACUCACAAGUUUUCUUUUUUUUAGGAAACUGUUUGAGUAAUGUUCCGACAUAAAGCUUUGCAAGAACAUUGUAAGAAUAAUAAAAAUUGCUAAAACGCAAGCAAACAGAAGUCUCCUGAAAAUCCGGAAGGGACCCAGGAGGUAACCAAGGCCAGUGCCCUGUUCUCUGACCCUGCCAGGGCAGCAGGGUGCCUGCUGGGCCUCUCCCCUUGACCACUCGAGUGUUGAGCCUUGAAGAUGUGAGUCCCAGUCCUUUGUGCUUUUGAUGUAGUGUGCAAAGUCAGCAUAGAUUCCAUAACUGUGGUAUUAUACUACUGUUCUGAAACUGAUAAAUAUUCCCUUCAUUGUCCUCCCAGGAGUAAGUGUAUUGUUUUCUGUAUGUUUAUGUGGUAUGUUUGAUAGGUGUAGUUAUUCCUUUCACACUGCAAAAGAAAGACAAAAGUAAGCUCAAAAAUAUGUAAAGGGAAAUGCAGAAGCUUGUAACUAACACCCUGCAACUCUGUGUGUUUCAUUUAUUGUGCUUUGUUGGCUGUUCUGUUCAUGUUUAAGUUGUGGAUAUUUUCUUAACAUUGCUGUAAAUGGCAUUAUGUAUUAUUGCAAGCAGAACACACGUAAUUUUAUUAUGCAGCAUCUAAAACAUAGAAUCAUAGAAUGGUUUGGGUUGGAAGAGACCCUAAAGAUCAUCUAGUUCCAACCCUGCUGCCAUGGGCAGGAACACCUUCCACUGGAUCAGGUUUCUCAAAGCCCCAUCCAACCUGGCCUUUAAUACUUCCAGGGAUGGGGCAUCCACAGCUUCUUGGGACAACCUGUUCCAGUGCUUCCCCACCCUCAUAGGAAAGAAUUUUUUCCUAAGAUCUAAUCUAAACCUGC